AACGAAAAAACGAUGUGAUGUAUAAAUUGCUUGACGAUGUUGAAACUGAGAAAAUAGAAAAAUUAAAGGAUUUUAUGGACAUUAUUUAUAAUUUUGAUACUUAUGGCCAUUAUAAAAUAGACGAAUAUUUAAAUAGUUGUGGUCUUGCCGUUGAUCCUGACUAUGAGACUUUUGGCAUUGAUACGGAGCUUCUAAGGAGUAGAGAAGCAAUUUGUGAGGCAUUUGACAUAAAAGUAACGUCAACCAUAUUCACAUCUACACAUUCAAAUAGUGUAGCUGAUGAACUUGACUUUAAAGUUGACGGUGGUAUGCGCUAUAACGAUGUUCGCAAAAUUCUUUCCUCAAAGGGAACUCUUUGAUAACUCUUCGUUCGAUCGAUUAUUCGAAAUAUGAUAAUAGCAAGGGAAUUCAUCACAAUAAAACUCAAGAUCUUCGUGAUAAAGUUCAUCAUGGGAUAAGAUCAUUUUCAAGAAAAGAUUUUAAGGUAAAGGGGAAAGAAAAAUCGGAUUAAAAUGAUCUAAAAACAGAAUAUAUUCUGAACAUCAAUCUGCAUUUUGUCUAUUCAAUCGUAUUUUUAAUAGUCAUCAAUAUUCAUGGAUUGUUCGUGAAAAAUGUAUAAAUAAUGUAUAAAAAAUGUUCAUAAAACAAAAUAUUAGUGAGCGAAAGUCUUUCACGUUAACUUUGUGAUGCAUAUAUAUUAUUAUGUUUUAUAAAAUACAAUCCGAGUGACUUGAUCGUAAAGUAAUCGAACAAUACCUACUGCGAAAAGUGUGAAGACUUCAGUGUAGUUUCUAAAAGUCUUGUCUUAGUUUAUAUGAUGACACAAAAUCUAAGAAAAUAAAA